AUGUCUCUUAUUGAUCGAUUUGCUUGUUCUUUUGGUCCAACAUCAUUGAUGUGGCAUCUUCACAAACUCAAAAUGAUACCAUGGUUAAUUCUUAUCACAACAAUAAUAACUUGUCUUAUGUCCUUACAUGUACCGAUUACCUUCGAAGUUUUACCUGUUAUCGGAUGUUCUUCAAUAAUUCCAGUCGUUGGUAGUGUCUUGUACAUUUGCAUGCAUGGUAUUCUGACACCAACAAUCAUGCUCAUCCUUGUAUUACUAACCUAUCGAAAAGUCAGACAAAGUCGUCAACGAGUUGGUAUAACUACACAAAUGAACAUUAAUCGUUCACGAAAUCAAUUUAUUACUAUGAUUUUUGCACAAGCUUUCUCUACAUGUUUCCUUGCAUUACAAUGGAUUUGUGUGUAUAUCUAUUUUACACUUACAUUUGAUAAUGUUAAGAGUGCUGAGAAAUGGAUAAUUGAUUCUUUUGCAAUAUAUUUUGAACGAUCAAAAAUAUCAAAGGAAACAUCAACGAAAACUACGGAGUCAGAAAACAAAGAUAUAAACAAAGAACAAAUCUUUAUAGAUUUACCAUUCAUUAGAAAUGAAACUAAAAUCUUGGGGGAAAAGGUUAUCAAUCUAGCUAAAAAUAUUAGGCCUGAUCUUCAUAUACAACCGAUUCCUCGACCUCCACCAACAAUAUCCACUUUCUUUCCACAGAAAGAUAAAAUAGGAAAAAAUGCUCAAUCAAAUAUAGUUUAUAUGAUAUCAUGUUUAGAGUGCAAUGAAAGCUAUUUAGGAAAAACUAUUAGACAGGCUUCGAGACGAUAUCAGGGACAUGGUGCACCACAACAACCUAAAUUACCACCUAUUUCACAAAUAGCUACUUCAGCAGUAGAUAAUCAACAGUUAAGAAGAUAUGAUCACCUUCGAGCCAAAGCUAAAGUAAAUUUUUUUUUCCAAUGA